UCCCCCCUCCCCCCGUCCCGCAGCGGCUCCCCUGGGCCUCUCGUCGCGCUGACUCCCUCAGCCCCUUCUCCUUGCGGGGUGUGUUGUGGAGACAGACUGGAGAGCCUGCGUCUGAAAGGACCUCUCAGGUGGUGCUUUGGCAAGCAUUUCCUCCGUGGCUGUGCCUGCCACUGACGCAAAAUGAGUGUUCCCGACUACAUGCAGUGUGCUGAGGACCAUCAGACUCUCCUGGUGGUGGUUCAGCCGAUUGGCAUUGUACCUGAGGAGAGCUUCUUCAGAAUCUACAAGCGAAUUUCAGCAGUCAGCCAGGUGAACGUGCGCGACUCUCAGCGUGUGCUGUACAUCCGCUACCGGCACCAUUACCCCCCAGAGAACAACGAGUGGGGGGAUUUUCAGACACACCGCAAAGUUGUGGGGCUGAUAACCAUCACUGACUGUUCUUCUGCAAAGGACUGGCCUCAGACUUAUGAAAAAUUCCAUCUCCAAAAGGAAAUGUACGGUUCCACUCUCUACGAUUCCCGCUUGUUUGUCUUCGGGCUUCAAGGAGAGAUUGCGGAACAGCCCCGCACGGAUGUGGCCUUUUACCCCAGUUAUGAUGAAUGUGACACCGUGGAGAAGAGGAUAGAAGAUUUUAUUGAAUCCCUCUUUAUAGUGUUGGAGUCGAAGCGGCUUGACAGAGCCACUGAUAAGUCUGGAGACAAGAUCCCACUCCUCUGUGUUCCGUUUGAGAAGAAGGAUUUUGUAGGUCUGGACACUGACAGUAGGCACUAUAAGAAGCGAUGUCAAGGCCGGAUGAGAAAACACGUUGGUGAUCUGUGCUUACAGGCUGGAAUGUUGCAGGAUUCCCUUGUGCAUUACCACAUGGCAGUGGAACUCCUGCGGUCUGUGAAUGACUUUCUGUGGCUUGGAGCUGCUCUUGAGGGGUUAUGCUCAGCAUCAGUCAUCUAUCAUUAUCCAGGUGGUACUGGAGGUAAAGUUGGAUCUCGCAGGGCACAGGGAGGCUCUCUUUCAGCUGAGGCAGGCAACAGGCACAGACCAGGGGCACAAGAAGUUCUCAUUGAUCCAGGUGCCUUGACUUCCAAUGGUAUAAAUGCAGAUACCAGUGCUGAGAUAGGGCGUGCCAAGAACUGCCUUAGUCCUGAAGACAUCAUAGACAAAUACAAAGAAGCCAUUUCCUACUAUGGCAAGUACAAGAAUGCUGGUGUGAUUGAACUGGAAGCCUGUGUGAAGGCAGUGAGAGUCCUUGCAAUACAGAAAAGGAGCAUGGAAGCCUCUGAGUUUCUUCAGAAUGCAGUUUAUAUCAACCUUCGUCAGCUUUCAGAAGAAGAAAAAAUCCAACGUUACAGCAUCCUUUCUGAGCUCUAUGAACGGAUUGGUUUCCACCGCAAGUCUGCAUUUUUCAAGCGUAUAGCAGCCAUGCAGUGUGCAGCACCCAGCAUCCCAGAGCCUGGCUGGAGAGCCUGCUACAAAUUGCUUUUGGAAACCCUCCCUGGCUAUAGCUUAUCCCUGGACCCCAAAGAUUUCAGCAAAGGAACUCACAGAGGAUGGGCUGCAGUACAGAUGCGUUUGCUUCAUGAACUAGUGUAUGCUUCCAGAAGAAUGGGCAAUCCUGCUUUAUGUGUCAGGCAUCUCUCUUUCCUUCUGCAGACCAUGCUGGAUUUUCUUUCUGAUCAAGAAAAGAAAGAUGUAACACAGAGCUUGGAAAGCUACACAGCAAAAUGCCCUGGUACGAUGGAAUUCAUCACUCUUCCAGAUGGUUUGAAGUUACCUCCUGUUCCAUUCACCAAAUUGCCCAUUGUGAGAUCUGUGAAGCUCUUGAACCUCCCGACGAGUCUCCGACCUCACAAGAUGAAAAGUCUGCUUGGUCAGAACAUGUCAACGAAAAGUCCCUUCAUAUAUUCUCCAAUUAUUGCACACAGUCGUGGGGAAGAACGGAAUAAGAAGAUAGAUUUCCAGUGGGUCCAGGGAGAUGUGUGUGAGGUUCAGUUGAUGGUGUACAACCCUAUGCCUUUUGAACUCCGAGUGGAAAACAUGGGUCUUUUGACAACAGGAGUAGAAUUCGAAUCUCUUCCUGCAGCUCUCUCUCUACCUGCAGAAUCUGGUCUCUACCCAGUAACUCUUGUUGGUGUUCCUCAAACCACUGGGCAGAUCACAGUCAAUGGUUACCAUACAUCAGUUUUUGGAGUCUUCAGUGAUUGCCUUCUGGACAACCUGCCAGGAGUGAAGACCAAUGGCUGUACUGUUGAAGUCAUUCCAGCUUUGCCAAGGGUGCAGAUCAGUACCUCCCUUCCAAGGUCUGCUCAUACACUUCAGCCUUCCUCAGGAGAUGAAAUCUCCACUAGUGUAUCUGUUCAGCUUUAUAAUGGAGAGACCCAACAGCUUAUCAUUAAGUUAGAAAAUAUUGGAACAGAACCAUUGGAGAAACUGGAGGUCACAGCAAAAACAGUCAACACUAAGGAGAAGCUUUAUGGGGACUUCUUGAGUUGGAAUCUAGAAGAUACCCUCUCCCAGUUUCCUCUGAAACCUGGAAAAAUUGCAACGUUUACUGUGAACAUCAAAGUGAAGCUGGACUUUUCAUGUCAGGAAAACCUUCUGCAAGAUCUCAGUGAUGAUGGAAUCAGUGUUAGUGGACUUCCACUCUCCAGCCCUUUCCGACAGGUUGUCAAACCAAGAGUAGAAACUAAACCUACUAAUCCACAAGAAAGCAGCAAAGUUGGUGACUUCAGUCAUGUAAAGACACUGGAAGCCAUCUUGAAUUUUAAGUACUCUGGUGGACCAGGACAUGUUGAAGGAUAUUACAGGAACCUUUCACUAGGUCUUCAUGUAGAAGUUGAGCCAUCUGUUUUCUUUACACGUGUCAGCACCCUUCCAGCAACAAGCACCCGGCAGUGCCACCUACUUCUAGAUGUCUUCAAUUCUACAGAACAUGAGUUGACCAUCAGUGCUAGGAAUAAUGAAGAUUUAAUUCUGCAUGCUGGGGAAUGUCAGCGAAUGGCAAUCCAAGUUGACAAGUUCAGUUUUGAGAGCUUCCCAGAAUCCCCUGUUGAGGGGACACAGUUUGCAAACGCAAAGCAGCUGGAAGAAGAAAGGCAACAAGCAAAAGGUCUGGAGAUUAACAGCAAGCUGGAUAUUUGCUGGAAAAUUCCUUCCUUGAAGCGUGAAGGGGAAGCAAGUGUGGAAGGAGUUCUUAAUCAGCUGGUCCUGGAGCAUCUACAGUUGGCUCCUCUCCAGUGGGAUAUCCUCGUUGAUGGCAAGCUUUGUGACUGUGACAUCGUGGUAGACUGCAAAGUGGGGGACCCCAUCCCUUUGGAGGUGAAGCUGACCAACUGGAGCAAGCACAGCGUGGGGCCCUUUGCUCUCACCGUGACUCCAUACCAGGAUUACCAGAAUGGGGUCCACAACUAUGAGCUGCAGGAUGCUAUCACCUUUGUGGGAUCCAACACCUUCUACAUCGACUCAGUGAAGCCAACCAAAGACUCUGUGUACUUUGGAGCACUCCUCUUUCUCUACACAGGGGAUUUCUACCUGAACAUCAAAUUCCAUGAAGACAAUUGCAGCAAGGAGCUGCCUCUCUCCUGGUUCUGCCUUCCCAGUGUCCACAUCCGUGCUAUGGAGCCUGUGGUCUAAACGAAGCUGUGAACCUCCUGUGUGCUGCUGGAUUAACCACAGUGCACAGAAAUGCUUGGCACAUCCUCUGCUUGACCCCAGCUUGUUUCUGUCCAACCUCAGACCACAAUCCCUACUUUGGAGGAACAGCUGAACACUUUCUGAAUUGGCUGAUACUCAUUUGGGCAGCUGUUUUAGCUAAUUUCAGAGAAAGAGAGAUUAUAACUAUGCUAGAGUUCUCCGUUUCCAAAAAGCCUUUCAAGCUGCUAAUAUAUGCAUUAUACUUUCAUAUACCCUAUUGAUACAGGGUCUGAAAGGGCCUUGAGGGCUGAAUUUAAAGAUGUUUUUGAUUGUCUCAAUUCCAACUUGAAUAAUCACAUUUUAGCAUUCAACAGGAGUUGUGGAUCUGUAUGAAAUUCCUCCUGGCUUAGGCUGGACCUGUGGCAUAUAUCCUUGAGGUAUAAUUCUGUCUUAGGCUUGUUCACAGGCUUGUUCUUGCCCUCUUGUUUGCUGAGUAUUUAGUGGUUUUGAUGAUAAACAGCAGUAGUGUUGCUUUUUCCUUUGUUACUGAAAGUAAGGACAGCAAAUGUGCCUCCAGUUAUUUUCUUCCUCCCCUGAGCCCAGUUCUCUUUGCUCCUGGUAGAAAAGCCUGGAGUCUGAUGGAUCUAGAUUUGUGAGGUUGUUCAAGUAGAUCUUGAACGAGAAGUGGAAGAAGGUAAUGAAGGGCUGAAGAAUUUUGUCCUUGAGAAAGGGAACAAGCCAACUUUUGGGUUGCUUAGGGCUUGCCUCAGAAUUUGGGCUUUCACAGUUUUGUUCUGUAAAAUCACAAUUGCUUGAAAGGUUUGCAGACAGUUAAAGAGCCACCAGAAUGGAUCAGCUGGUCAUUAAUGUUGUAUGAGUUUUUGUAAACUCUCUGGUCAGAUUUUUCAUGCUAAUAUGCUGGGCUUGUGUGGUUGAGUUGUGGUUUGUUAUUUUUUUUCCCUCUUCUUUUUGUUAGAAAGAUUAAGUUUAAUUAUGAGGCAAUUAAAGCCAUGGAAUUCUUGUUCAUAGAAGUAGUUGAUGAAUUUACUGAAAAUUUAGCCUGAUGUGUUUCAGGAUAAUGGUUUUGUAUAAAAAGACCUGAUUUUACCUCAUGUAAAGCAGGGAGAUGCUUGAUCUGUCUGAUUAAUAUAUUAUUUCACAGAUCAUGGGUAACAAACCUGUCUCAGCAUUUUCUUACAUUUCCAGCCUGCAGCUGUCAAAUUUGGUGGAGGUACAGGGAUGGAUGCACCAAGAUGUGUCAGAAGGGCUCCAGUUAGCUCUAUACAUGCUGAAUCUACUUGCACAACCACUUUGCAGAUUUUUGGUUUGUUAGAGCUUCAUUCAAACACCAUCCCAUGCUUGUCCCAGUCCAUCCUGCUCAUGCUGGGGACCACCAGGUAGCUCAUUCCCAGCUGGACUUUUUGAUGGGACUGGUGCGUUCCACAGGAACAAGAGUGCUCAGAACUCAAAUCAUUGCAUGUUUGCCAAUGAUUGUAAGGUACUCAUCCUAAAUAUAUUUUUGUUUUGAGGGAACUGUAGCUAUAGCAUGAUAGGUACAUUUCCAGUGUAUGCAGGGUGUUAUCUCUAAAAAAAACCCAAAACCAUAUUGUGGCAAUGUUAUCAGUGUUUUUGCUCUUGAGCUGUGGCUCUGUAGACAGCUUUGAAUGCCAGAAAUCUUGGCAGAUGGAAAUCUUCAGUCUUGAAAUGAUGAAAUUCUGAGACCAGCUGAAGAUUUACUUGCAGUGAUGGACUGCUCUGUCAGCUGCCAGCAUGAAAUGUCCACUGAGAAAAACGUUCCUUAGAUUUGCAUGGUGGUUCUGGGCCAGGGACACCCAUGGAAGGAGGGUCCAAGCAGCUGACUUGAGUAUGGUUUUUGUGUUGGUUUACCAAUUUGUGGCAUGUGGCUAUAUUCUCUGCCACCAGGUAGGUGUAUAGAGAGAAAAAUAAGAUCCCUGGAGAGCAGGAAUUAAACCAGUUAAUCUUCUCCAUAAAAACUUGCUUUUGAGAUGUGCCUCUGUGCUGUGUUACACAACACUGUUGCAGCAAAGUCCAGAUUGGUUUUUAUUCUGUAUUCCCAGCAGUUAAUCUACAGGUGGUAGGAACACACCUAAAGCUUUGUAAGGACCACAUUGCAUUUGAAACAGCAAUAUUGUGGAGCAGAAGCUGUGGAAGUCAGGAUGCUUUAGCUUGCCCAGCUAAGGGAUAAUUUCCUAAUUUAUUUUUGAGGGUUCUUUGAGAUCAGAGGAUGUUUUUUGGUGAAGCCUGUAUUGGGACACAACACUACUGUGUCAUUUACUUACAGAGGAUCCUGAUCCACAGCCCACUGGAGCUGUUGGAAUGGAAACAGCAAAAAAGCAAGCUGCAGAUUUCCUGGGUUUCCAAUAUGCUAUUAUAAAUCUUCCAUAUGUGAUCAUAAAUAUAAAUUCUUUUGUGUGGCCUGACCCUUAAUGCUCUGUCUGUUCAUUAUACAGUAGACUACUCUGUCUCUUGACAACUAUGAUGCUUACUUGCUUUUGGCAUUUAUGAUGUCUUGACCCAUUUUCUUACACUUCUGCUUGUCUUUGUGAGAGAGAUGAAGCACAAGAAAUUCUUCCUUCUAGGGAUUGUUUGUGACUUGUCCAGGGGGGAAAAUAUUUGUCAGUGUAAUUUAGAGAAAGGUGAGGGGCAGGUAUUUGAAAUAAGAAUACUGCAUCACUUCUGUUUAUUUUAGCUUUGCUUUUUUUUUUUUUUUUAAUGGAAGUUUUCACUGGGAUUGGUGUCAGGAUUGGUCCUUGCAGUGUUUAAAGAAAAAAAUUUUAAAAAUAUACUUUUCUGAUCUGAUCUUCUUUUCUGGAACAGAAAACUUGUUUAUAUUUUCUCCAAAUCACCCAGCUAUUAUUUUGAACAUGAUGACCCAAGCUGCACAUUGUUACACAAAUGUAAAUCUUGUAUGAUUCCACCCGAUGAACUAAAUAAUUCCUAAUUUAAAUCACCAUUGCUGAGAGCAGAUGUUGGUCCAAUAUGUGUAUUCAUUGGAGAAGCAUAAGUUGUGCAAAUUUAACUGUCUGAAUAAAUACUUAUCUUGUGCUAUUUACACCUCU